ACCAGCCAAUACACAUACAUACUCAAGACUCUCAAAGUUAGCAACAAUGGCUUCUGGUGCUCAGGUGAAGAUGAUUGCCAUUGGCAUGAUGUUGGCAAUCGUGAUCGUCGUUGCUGCUAAUGCGGAACCAGAUCCCUCACAUAAGAAGGAUAUCUGCAUCGACACGACGGACAAGGUUCCUGGCGCCACUGCCUGCAUCUGUUCCAAGAACUGUGCUUGUGCCGGAAAGUGCAUAUUAGCUGGUGGUGAUGGUGAUGAGAUCAAGACCUGCUUCGUCGAAUGCGUCCUCAAGAAUGACUGCAAGUGCAAUGCUGAAGGUUCCAGCGACCCAGCACCACAGGCUAAUAAGUAGACUGAUGUUUGAAGCUUCAACAUGCUGCCAGGUCUUAUUUGAAUUCCGUGAGUACUAAUAAUGUAUGUUUAAACUUCUCGUACACAUGUCCCUGGCAUAAAACGUAUUGCUGGGGCGUUUGUGUUACGUUUAUAAUAAGAUGUCGGUGACAGCCUUUAUAUGCCGCAAGUCACGUGUACGAUGACACUGCCACAUAUAUUGCUGGAAAAUAAAUACGUAUAGGUGUGUGUCUCCUUGUACUAUUGUAAUAAUAAAGUUGUACGC